UUGACUCGAGUCAUUUGCAUUACGUCAAACUAUGAACUAUUCAAGCCCGGACAGCUCAUUGUCCUCGCUAGAUUCUCCUCUAGUCCCCACAAGAUCCAUGAGAACCUGCGAGAUUUGUGAUAAGCCAAGUCAUGGAAAACAUUUUGGAGCGGUUACGUGCAGGGCGUGUGCCAUGUUUUUCAGACGAUUUGGUAGAUGCAAAAACAUGAAGCCCUGUGAAAUGAACAAUAACUGCCAGUUUCCCAAAAAUGGGUAUUUCAAUUGCAAGAAGUGCCGGCUCCAAAAAUGUUGGGAUGUUGGCAUGACAACUGAUACUUUCCAGUCUGUGAUUUCAAAAUUAGCCAAACCCACGCUUCAAGUCAAAAUUCCUGAGACAAUCGGCACUUUAAUCGGGCUCCCAAAUCUUAUCAUAUUUAAUGCUCCAGAAUUUGAAGCUCCGAGUAGCAUUUGCAAAAAUUUCAUUGAUGUCAGAUAUCUCGUGAGCCAAGGAGAACAAAUUUUGCGGACGGGCUUAGAAACGCCGAUAAUUGCACAAAACUCGUUGGAAAAAAUGGCGUUAGGUUUGGAAUAUAUCAGGAAGAUGAGGAACCCAAAAAUCAAUAAUAUUAGAAGAAUUGGACAAAAGGAAGUUUUCACGCUGUGGCAAGAUGAUUUCCUGAAGACGGCAAAGUGGUUGACGUAUUUUAGCGAGUUUCAGCAGCUGCCUGACGGGUUACAGAUGAAAUUUCUCAAAUCAAUUUGGAAAUUGUGGAGCAGAUUUGAAAGACUUGUCACCACAAUGAUAGGGAGGAGAAAUAGCGCAUGCAGUAGUAACAUGGUCCUGAUAAAGUUGGAUGACACCCAAGUAGUUUUUGAUAUUAAAAAGAUCGAUGUAGACGUGUCGUGGCAGUCGAGAUAUAAUGUGGAGCAAUUGAAACUAUUUGGCUACAGUUACCUAGACGAAAAGUACGAUGAAAUUAUCCAAGAAAUGAUAGAUCUGGAUCCCACAAAUGUGGAGCUCUCCUUCAUGGUCUGCCAACUGUGCCUCCACCACAUUGGUAAAAAAUUCCAAGGGGAUAUUCUAAAAGUUGCUGAACGGCUACAAAGCUCUAUAGCCAAUAAUCUACACGACUACUACGUGAAUAAAGAGAAAAGGCCCAGAUAUUCGGGGAGGAUCGCCAAAAUGAUGAAGAUCAAUAAUUAUAUUCAGAAGGGAAUAUACGAGCGGCGAGUGAAAGCAGAUUUGAUGAGGGUGUUUGAUGUUUUCCACGUGGAAUAUUCUGAUCCAGAUAUGUUCGAGGAGUCUUGAAUUUGUUGUACUAAAAUUUUUAUUCUCUGAAAUAAAGUUUUAAAAGUAUAUU